AUGGCCGACCGGAUCAUGCAGGGCGUCCGCAACAACCGCGACCACCGACCGGGCAACGCCCAGGAGCACUACGUUAAGGCCGCCAUCGCCGGUACCAUCGCCGUCGGCGCCUAUAAGAUGCUCCGCAAGGAUGAGGAUCGGGAACGCGAGCGUAGCGGCAAACGUUACUAUCGAGACGGCAGCGCCGACGGCAGCUCCGACGGCGGCCAAGGGCAUAACGACUUUGCGAUCCUUAAGCUCGUCGCCAAGGGGCUCGGGGCCGCCGCCUUAGCCAGGGAGGUGGACAAGGACUUGGUAGAAUAG